AUGCGAAGGAGAAGACAACUUUCUGACGAUGAAGAGUACGGCACAAACGAUAAGCACGAGACCAGCGAAAGCUCUUCCGAAGCGGAGUCUUCGGAUGGAAUGGAUCCGUCGGCUCACGACUCGGACUCAGAGUACGCUUCGGAUGAAAAUGUAAAGAAAAAAUCGUCGAAACAAAAGGCGAAGAAAGGAAAGGGAAAAGCAAAGCGAAAACGAGUUAAAAUCAACGACUCUUCGGACGACGACGACUGCCAAGUCUUGUCCGAUGAAAACGAUUCGCCGAAUAAAAGCCGAAAGCAUAUCAAGAAAAUAAUCUCAGAUAAAAAGCUGAAGCAACAAACGAAAGACGCGGCCGAAGCCGAGAGGGAACGCAUGAAACGGAUUAAAGAGAAGCAAUUAGAAUACAACGACUUAAUGAAAGACCGAACUCUUAAGUCCACGGAUGUUAAGGAACUGAUCCUCGAGUUCGACAAAGACACCAAAGAAGUGUUGGUUGAAGUGGACCACACUUUGGUUAAGUUUUUGAAACCUCAUCAAACGGAUGGCAUACAAUUCAUGUACAACUGUCUGAUCGAAACCGUGGAUCAGGUGGAGGGCUCCGAGGGUUCGGGUGCUAUUCUGGCCCACUCUAUGGGUUUAGGCAAGACUUUACAAGUGAUCACAUUCUUAUAUACCAUAAUGACUCACAAAGACAUCAAGAAACACAUCAAACGAUCGCUUGUGAUAUGUCCGGUGAAUACGAUCAAGAACUGGGCCAAUGAGUUCAACAUUUGGCUCAACGACAAUGAUUUGGACGAUCUGUUAGUGUUCGAGAUGUUCGACGCGAAGACACCGUAUCAGAGGGCGGAACUGCUCAACAUAUGGUACAAGAGGGGCGGCGUUAUGAUCAUUGGGCUGACGCUGUACUCGAAUCUAGUGAUGGGAAGGGGCAAAAAGCCCCCGAAAUCAGUGCGCGAUUCGAUCCACAAGACACUCGUAGACCCGGGACCUGAUGUCGUGGUCUGCGAUGAGGGCCAUCUGCUCAAGAAUGAGAAGACAGCUUAUAAUAAAGCCGUCUCUCAAUUGAAGUGUUUGAGACGCGUUGUGUUGACCGGAACUCCGCUGCAAAACAAUUUGAUUGAAUACCACGUUAUGGUGUCUUUCGUGAAGCCCUCCCUUCUCGGCACUAAAAAAGAGUUCAUCAAUCGGUUCGUGAGUCCCAUCACUAAUGGACAACACGAAGACUCCACCGAUUAUGACGUGAAGAUCAUGAAGAAAAGGGUCCAUAUAUUACAUACACUACUCAACGGUUGUGUUCACAGAAAGGAUUAUAACGUUUUGGUGCCGUAUUUGCCGCCAAAACUUGAAUUUGUUUUAAGUGUUUGUUUGACUGAAAAACAAAUUGAAUUGUAUUCCCAAUAUUUGGAGACACAGACAGACAAACAGCGGAUGAGCUUAUUAGCAGAUUAUGGUGUUUUACGCCUCGUGUGGAAUCAUCCCAUACUUCUGUUUGAACAGCACAGACGACGACUCGAGAAACAGGAAGCGAUGGACGAGUUUAUCAACGACGACGAAGAUGUGGACACUCCUGUGAGCGGCGAUUCCGAUAUUGAAUGUCUGGACGGAAAGGCCGGCCCUUCGAACCCACCGAAGCGGCGAAUGCGGACCCGAUUUGGAGACAAAGACGAAUCCGAGGAAGAGGUUAAAGAGGAGUCGAACAGUAGUGACGGCUAUUCCGACGCCUGGUUUGCGAAGAUUCUGAAGAAAGAUGAGUCGAAACGCAUUGAAUUGAGUGGAAAAUUUAUUCUUCUAUUCUCUAUACUCGAAGAAUGCGAGAAAUUAGGCGACAAGAUAUUGCUCUUCUCUCAGAGUUUAGACACUUUAGAUUUAGUCGAAGAGAUGCUUAGAAUUAGGUCCCAAAAGGCCGAAGAAGAGACCGAUAAGAUUCCCGAAAUAGAUUUGGAGACCAACUGCGCGACCGAUGCGACCAAUAUAUGGGUCAAGAAUCGGGACUACUUUAGACUCGACGGGUCGACCGCUUCCGACUACAGGAAAGCGUGGAUUGAUUUGUUCAACGAAGAGAACAACUAUAGGGCGCGACUAUUUCUGCUGUCGACCAAAGCGGGCGGUUUGGGCAUCAAUCUCGUGGGCGCCAACCGGUGCAUCAUAUUCGACGCCUCGUGGAACCCCUCGCAUGACGUUCAGGCGAUAUUCCGUGUCUUCCGCUUCGGGCAGAAGAAACCGGUUUACGUCUACCGUUUCGUCGCUCAGGGGUCGAUGGAAGAGAAGAUCUACGAGAGACAGAUCAUUAAGCAGUCGCUGUCCUGUCGUGUGGUCGACGAGCAGUCCAUUCAGCGCCACUUCAAGGCGUCUGAGAUGUCAGAGCUGUAUGUGUUCGCACCCGACACGUCCAAAGACAGGCCCACACCUAAGGUUCCCAAAGACAGACUUUUGGCCGAACUGUUGAUCAAACACAAGGACUAUAUCGUGAAAUAUCACGAACACGACUCACUUCUGGAGAACAGACCGGAAGAGGAGAUGACUGAGGAGGAGAAGCAGUCGGCUUGGAAUGAAUACGAACAGGAAAAGGAUCAGCUAUUCCUGAGGGAACAACAGGAACGCGACCAACGGCUCCAACGCGAGAACUAUUUGGCGCAAAUGCAACAACAGAAUCAACAACAACAACAGCAGCAGAACCUCUUCCAAUCGCCACUAUAUCAGCAACAAAUGGCUCAACUCUUUCAGACGUACGGACAAAACCAAUUCUCGCAACAGAUCUAUCAGAAUAUAAUGAAACAGCAAGAGUUGGUCCGAAAGCAACAGCAACAGAGAUAUAACGAACAGAGAGCGCAGGAGUUGGCCCGACAGGCGGCCGCGGCUGCCGCUCGACCCGCCGUCCCCGCCGGCGGUCUUCCCGGCUAUGACGUGAUGACUGUCGAGGAUUUGUGUAAAUACCUGAAGACUACAAACCCUACGAUCUCGAGCUCAGAUCUAAUUCAACGAACGUUUAGCGUAAUAGAAAACGGGCUCACAAUGUGUAACAAAGAGCUCACGUCCGUCAAAGAAGCCAUGCGUCAACAACAACAAAAUUCAAUCGAAUUGCGCCCCAAAUACGAGAAAUUAGCGAAAGAAGUCUAUAAUUUAAAUCUACAAAAAACCAGAGCUCAAACAAUCUUCACAGUGGGUCCGACGGGUCGAGCGGCACCGUCUAUACUCAGAAAUAAUCUUCAGAGUCAAUACAUGACAAACACUGUGUUAUUGCCCUCGACUUCUAACACCAAACCCACGAGUGUUCUCAUCGAAGAAGUCGAUUAAAUCGUUAACUAAUUGAGCGCUAAUUUAAAACAAUUCCUAUUAUUAUAUUGUGAUCUCUUUAGUAAUUCAUUCAUUUUCAACAAAUAAUCGUAUGUUUUUGGACAGAGAUGUAGAGCACAUGUUCCGCACUAUUGUUCGCCGAUUUCUAUAUAUUUUGAAUUUUGAUGACAAACUCAUAAAACAUUUAAAUCAUUUAAGGAACGAUAGGUCGGCGCACAUGCUAUCCAUAUUUGAUCCAAAGUUUGUCUCUUAUGUAUUGUCAUUGAUUUGUAUAAAACAAAGCAAAAUAACUUUUUUUAAGAAUUGAGAAUAAUUUUCAUAAAACAAUUUGAAUGUAAAGAAUUCAUGGAUUCAAUCACUUAUUGGUUAGUAUUUAUAUUGGAAGCGCUAGUCUUUAUAUAAAUAAAUUUAAUAUUCUUUUCUCAGAUAAUUAUUGUUUUUUAAGCCGA